AUAGACGGUGGUGAGAGUCAUUCGCAGUCCUGUAGUGUUAAUAAACCCUGAACCUCUUUCUUUCCCCGGAAAUUCAAAAUCAAUUUCAUCAUUUGGGGUUUUCACGAAGAUCGUCGUUUCGUUCUCGGGAAAUUCCCAAUUCGAUUGCACGAUGAUUACUUCGAGGGAUGUCCAUGAGGUCGUCUGGAAGCUCUCGUCGGAUAAAGCCAAGACUCGUGAAGAUGGAGUCAAGUUAUUGAACACGUGGCUCGAAGGAGAUAUGUCAAUUAACUUCUGUAGCUUUCUUUCGCAUAACACAGCCAAGCUUAAGUUGGACCAGAUUCCAAAUGCUGAAACGUGGCCCUUUUUGGUUAAAAAUCUCCUUCAAUGUGUAUCAAUGGAGGUGUCAGGUAGUAAGAGACGGAUACCCAAACCAACUUUUGCCAAGGCGCUUCGGGUUGUUAUUCAGAGAGCGGAAGAAACCAAGUUUCCUGGUGUACUCUCUCCUUUGCUAUCUAUGGCCAAAACCAUCUUUACACAUGUACAUGAUAUUUUGAGCAAUACACCUAGCUUUCAUUCAGAGUAUGGGAUCAUACUCCGCCAUCUUUUGGAAAUUAAGGAAUACCGUUUCCAAAUGAGGAAGCGUACAUAUUCCAAUUUGGUGAUGUUAUACAUAGAAAGGGCGGAAGCAGGGUUUUGGGAGAAAAACAGUGGUCAACAUAGCCAGAAGGAGGAGGCGUUUCGUUGUAUUCUUACGCUUCAGUCACUUUUAGAGAACCCCCCAGGAGAUUUUUCUGAUGACAUUCGAAAAGAAAUUGUGAAUGGUCUCAUUCACAUCUUCUCUUCUGCAAGAGAUGAAGAAAAGCUCUCACGCAAGCUUAUUGAAUGUGUAAAUUCGUUCUUGCUGAAGGAUGGUCCUAAUAUAGGCUCCUUGUCAUUGGAAAUUCAUAAUGCGGUCCAACAGUUUGUGUUCCGUUGCUGGUUAACAACCCAUGAUAAGAACCUUAAGGAGAUACUUGCUUUUUAUGGAAGGCUACAGCUAAAUUUGACAAGAGGAUCUAGUGAAUCUAGUUCUCUGGUGGAACAACUUUUGAACGUGGUUACUAGUGAACUGGAUCUUGGUAGUUCAUCAAGUUCUGCAUCAUGGGGUGAUUCAACCAAGGAUGGGACAUUGAGCAGCUAUCAGAAUAGCUUGGUUGAGUUGGCUGCACAUGUGCUCUACCGGGCAGUUGUCAAUACUACUAGAUCAUCACUGUCAGAGAAACGAGCUCGAAGGCAACAUAUUACAUUGCGUCUUGUGGAGGCACUUACUGAAGGAAAAUGGCUGUGGUGUGCUGCUUUUGGUUGUCUAAUUCGGACUCAUUGUACUCGCAUCAACAAGGAUCUCCUUAUUUACUGGUUUGAAGCCAUCUGUACAAACUUUCAAAGACUUGUGGAGGAUGCUAGUAUGAGACGUUCUUAUGAUGGUCUAUUAUGGACUUUGAGGAGUUUGCAAGAGCUAUCUUCUGGUUUGUUACUUCCAACUGCAACUAUCGACACAUCAAAGUCAACUGCAUCCUCAAGUGAGCUAGAUCGUGGUUGGCAAUUAAUCUGGAGUUCUUUGAUCCACGGACUAGCAACAUUCAGCAGCAUGACCGUAAUUGUUGAUGCUGUCUUGGUGCUCCUUGGAUCAAUUAUUUCAAAUAACCACAUAAACGUGGGGAUUCUACCUCAAGAAGUGUGGGAUCACCAAUUAUUCAGACACAUACCCUCUGAGCCGGCCUUGUACUUCAUUGCAUGUUACUUUUCACGUAUGGGUUGCCAGGGAAACCUGCAAGAUGAUCUACAUCUACGACGCAAUCUCCUUAGAGCAGUUUGUGGCCCCCUUAGCUUGAAGGGUCCAUUGGCACUGAAUGAGCGAAUGAUUCGCCUUCUACCAGCAGCUGCUUUAGCCCUAUGUGCUGGUUUCACAACGACACUUCCAUUACCUAAGGAACAUCUCCCAACACCACCUAGUUGGGAUGCCUGUGAAGUGGUGAAUGAUGUGAAGAUGGAUGAUGCUGAACAAGAAAGAAAAUUUGGACUGUUUGAAUGCUCUGUAGAGGUUCUAACAAGAGUUUACUCGAAUUCUAUCAAGAUCUCUAGUUACCGAGUUCCUGAUGGAGUACAACUACCUCUAGUACUAAGAGAUCCAUUGCUUAAUGACAUGGAAAUUUAUUUUCUUAGCAUUAUCCCAGAGGACAGUGAGAAAGGACCACUUUCUGACAUAUUUAUGGGAUGUUCUCUGCUGUGUCAUUUUAUGCAUGGUUCUUAUACGACGAGGAAGGGUAAGGGAAGCACUUCGAUCUUCUUAAAAGCAUGCCAGUAUUUGUUAGAAAGCCUGGACUACGCUGUUGAAGCAGUUUUAAAGAGCCUCUAUGAUUUUCAAAGGCUUGGACCCUUGGGGUUUGGCUCAGAUUUUAAUGAGAAAAGUUCUAUAAUAGUUUCGUUGAGGUCUCUUACUAGUUCUCCUGUCUUCAGCAACAGAAGAGACCAAAAUCUUCUUGCCACUAGUUAUGAUACUGUAUUUCACUCCUUAGAGGACCUUUUACGGUCGUUUGCUAAAGUUUACGGAGAAUAUACUGAGCACUCAUGGAAUACUCAAUCUGACACUGUUACUUCGAAAUCGUUAGCACUUGAUCCCCCAGAAGUUGGCAGGAUUGUGGAUAUGGAUUUGGAUCUAGAUGUAGACACUAAAGAGAUAGAUCUUAUAACUGCGGGUGGAAAAGCUGUUGCCGGUGGGCCUGUUUCUACGGGGAACUGGAAGUUGGGCAUGAUAUCGCUUAUCUCAUGUUUUUCUCCGGUACUUCAGUUUCCUACAUGGGAUGUUUUAUAUAGUAUUAUGGAGAAGGAAUGUGAUCCUAAGGUUUUGGAAAAUAUACUCUAUCAUCUAUGCCAGCUUUCAUGCUUGACUUCUAUGCCGAAGGUUUAUGAUUUGGUUAUUUUCUUGGAUGACAUGCUCAACAAACAAGUAAAGAACAAGCGUAACUGUCUCAAUAUAGUCACUGCCUUUCAUGUUUUACUGCAAAAUUUGUUAUCGGGGAUGGAUUCUUCUGGACUCAAACCAAACUCGGAAUUGUCUCUUCUGAAAGGAGAGAGUUGUCAGAUCUUUGUCCAACUUGGCGCAAUGGUGAAUAAAGUUUCUGAAUGUGGUCUCUUGGGCUGGUUUGGGCGUGUGAGGCUUAUCAGCUGCAUAUGUAAUUUUGUCUUGCUUAAUCCUCGGAUUGGUCAGACAAUGAUUGAGCGACUUUUGCUAAUGCUAAAUGACUCUGAUUAUCGGGUGCGGUUUGUCCUGGCAAGACAAAUUGGGCUUUUAUUCCAGACAUGGGAUGGUCAUGAGGCAUUAUUCCAAGAUAUUUGCUCUAGCUUUGGUAUUAUACUGGUAACCUCCUCAAAGGAAAAUCUUGUCACUGCAAGAGAUGUUUUGGCUGCUGGUCCUCAGCCUCGCCCAAAAAUGGAGACUGUCAUCAUUACUCUGAUGCACCUUGCAUAUCACAGUGAGAACAUAGAGUUGCAAGCUGUUUUUAUGAUGUGCGCUGUUUCAGCUAUAGAUCCUUGUCAGAGUAGGGAAUUAAUCAUUGCUGCACUUGACAAUCUAUCAGCACAACUCCAUUACCCAUCUAGGUUCAAGUACCUGGAAGAACUCUUGGGCCCGAUCCUCUUUUUCUGGAUUGCAUGUGGUGUCAGUUUAGCUGCUCUUGUUGAGACAAGUCAGCUGUUCAUUCUAAAUGCUGAACCGAAAUAUUUCAUCCAAUUUUGUUCCCACUGGCUACUUCCAGCUCUUCUGCUGCAUGAAGAUAAUACUAACCUUGAUUGGGUAGCUAAGAUGGCUAGCAAACCGGCGUCUGUGUUGGUCAAAGAAAAUUUUGUGCCUAUCUUUUCGAUAGGUAUGGGAUUGCACUGUAGUAAAACAUCAGAAUGUGAAAAAGGUGCAUUGGUGCUUCAAAAUUCGAUAUUAUAUGUGGGUCAGAUCACCGAGACUGAGAGGGAUAAGCUCAUUAAACGGAAUAUGGUGUCUAUUGUUAGUUUUGUUUUAUCACGUGCUUCCUCUUCACCAGAACCCCCCGUUCCUGCUUUUUCUCGUGACACCAUUUCACGAGCAAUUCAAACAAUUGUGGAUGGUUUUCUGGAAACCGCUGAUUAUCCUAAGAAUGCGGCGGUCAUUGAUAAUAUCAAUGUUUUUCGCCCAGAUAGGGUGUUCAUGUUCAUCACAGAAAUACACUAUAAAAUGUCAGCUGCAUGCCAUCAUCGGCAUACGCGUCAUCACCUGGCCUCUCUAGAAGAGCUUACUAUUAUUCUUGGUCAUAGAGCUUUGGUUCCAAGUUCCUUAAAAUUGAAGAGGCGAAAAUAUUACAUGCCCAAGGGCGGCAUGAAGUUGCCAUCAGUCUGGCGAACUACAUCUUACAAAAUUAUCAAUUAAAAGAAGAGGCUUCAGAUAUAUACCGUGUGAUUGGGAAGUGGCUAGCAGAAACCAGAUCUAGCAACUCUAGAACAAUUUUAGACAAGUACCUCAAGCCUGCAGUUUCGCUUGCCAAAAACCCGAGUUCCGAGAUCAGCAAAAGAUUGGUAGAUAGACAAAGCCAGACUUGGUUUCAUCUGGCCCAUUAUGCAGAUGCUCUGUUUAAAAGUUAUGAGGAGAGACUCUCUUCCAGUGAAUGGCAAGCUGCAAUGCGGCUACGAAAACACAAGACGAAAGAGUUGGAGGUGCUUAUUAAACGGUAUAAGAGUUCAAAGAAGGGGGAACAAUCUGACUAUUCACUGAAGAUUCAAGAGCUGCAGAAGCAAUUAACAAUGGACAAAGAAGAGGCAGAAAAGUUGCAGGUUGACAGGGAUAACUUUCUGAAACUUGCGUUGGAGGGGUAUCAACGUUGCCUGCAAAUUGGUGACAAAUAUGAUGUCCGAGUGGUCUUUAGACAAGUAUCCAUGUGGUUUAAUCUUGCCUCCCAGAAAGAUGUUAUUGAUAACAUGUUGAGCACCAUUAGUGAGGUUCAGUCUUACAAAUUUGUACCACUUGUUUAUCAGAUUGCUUCAAGGUUGGGUAGCUCUAGAGAUGAAUCAGGAUCUAACAGUUUUCAGUCUGCUCUGGUUUCACUUCUCAGAAAAAUGGCCAUUGAUCAUCCAUACCAUACUAUCCUUCAGCUUCUGGCUUUGGCAAACGGUGACAGAAUCAAGGAUAACCAACGCAGUAGAAACUCUUUCGUGGUUGAUAUAGAUAAAAAGGUUGCUGCAGAGCAUCUUUUGCAGGAUGUAUCACAGCAUCAUGGGCCUAUGAUUAGACAAAUGAAACAACUGGUUGAUAUCUACAUCAAGCUUGCAGAGCUUGAAACGAGGAGAGAGGAUACUAAUAAAAGGGUACCACUGCCAAGAGAAAUUCGUAGUGUGAAACAAUUGGAACUUGUACCUGUAGUGACUGCUACAAUUCCUGUUGACCGUAGCUGCCAAUACAAUGAAGGGUCGUUCCCUUCUUUCAGAGGUUUAUCAGAUUCUGUUACAGUGAUGAAUGGUAUUAAUGCUCCCAAAGUAGUUGAAUGCUUUGGCUCUGAUGGUCGAAAAUAUAAGCAACUUGCAAAAUCUGGCAAUGAUGACCUCAGACAAGAUGCUGUUAUGGAACAAUUUUUUGGGCUCGUCAAUACCUUUCUACAUAAUAAUCGGGACACAUGGAAGAGAAGAUUAGCUGUACGCACAUACAAGGUUGUUCCUUUUACCCCAAGCGCUGGUGUUCUUGAGUGGGUUGAUGGCACAAUUCCACUUGGAGAUUAUCUUAUAGGAAGCUCAAGGGCUGGGGGCGCUCAUGGUCGUUAUGGCAUUGGAAACUGGAAUUAUUCAAAAUGCCGAGAACAUAUGUCGAGUGCAAAAGACAAGCGCAAAGCCUUCAUGGAUGUCUGCACAAACUUCAGGCCUGUCAUGCAUUACUUUUUCCUGGAAAAGUUCCUGCAUCCUGCUGACUGGUUUGUGAAGAGGCUUGCGUAUACACGUAGUGUUGCAGCUAGUUCAAUGGUUGGGUACAUCGUUGGUCUUGGUGACCGCCAUGCCAUGAAUAUUUUAAUCGAUCAAGCUACAGCAGAAGUUAUCCACAUAGAUCUUGGAGUUGCCUUUGAACAAGGAUUAAUGCUCAAGACUCCUGAACGGGUCCCUUUCAGGCUGACAAGAGAUAUAAUUGAUGGAAUGGGUAUCACAGGAGUGGAAGGCGUUUUCAGGAGAUGUUGCGAAGAAACCUUGUCUGUGAUGCGAACAAAUAAAGAGGCCCUCCUUACAAUUGUUGAAGUUUUCAUACAUGAUCCUCUAUAUAAAUGGGCAUUGUCCCCUUUAAAAGCUUUGCAAAGACAGAAGGAAACUGAAGAUUACGAUGGCGUGAACUUAGAAGGAUUACAAGAGGAAUUCGAAGGUAACAAGGAUGCUGCACGUGCCUUGAUGCGUGUCAAGCAAAAACUUGAUGGCUAUGAGGGGGGUGAGAUGAGAAGCAUACAUGGCCAGGCACAGCAACUAAUACAAGAUGCGAUCGACACAGAUCGUUUAUCCCAUAUGUUCCCUGGCUGGGGAGCCUGGAUGUAACUAACAACAACAGCCUUCUUCUACAUAUGCUCCAGUUUCUCUUUUAAGUAAUGUUUGAAAACACUGCUGCCAAUUUUGUAUAUUAACCCAGGAGGGUUUUGGAGCAUUUUGAUACAUAUUUUUGUAUCAUUGGGAACAUGUAUCUUGGGUUGGCGGUACAGUUGUAGGAUUUAAGAGCUAAUGGGCUCACUCGUUAAAGUACAA